AUGCCGACCUCCUUCCUCUCCCUCCCGGGCGAGAUCCGCAACCGGAUCUACACCUUCGCGCUGACCACCGACCUGCCCAUCACCGACGCCAACUCCCUCGCCACGGCGCCGCCCAAGCCGUCCCCGGCCUCGUCGCCCCGGGAGGAGAAGUCGGACCCGAUGCUCGCGGCGCGCACCCCGCUGCCGCAGACGCCCCACCACAGCAUCCCCGCGCUGGGGACGGCGCUGCUGCGCACCUGCGCGCUGAUCCACGCCGAGGCGCCCGUGAGCCUGCUGUACGCGCGCAACACGUUCCGCUUCACGUCGGUGACGCACUGCCAGACUUUCUUGCUGUCGCUGCCGCCGUGGCUGCGCGCGCGCGUGCACGACGUCGAGGUCGACGUGCGCGACAUCUCGCCGUCGCCGCUGCCCGCGCCCGAGGACCCGCGCGCCCACAUCAACCGCGAGUGGCCGCAGUACAUGUCGUGGCGGCCGACGUCGACGACGCAGCUCGGCUCGCUGCGCGUCGACGCCCCCGGCCUCAAGGUGCUGCGCCUCGACUUCAGCGCCUGGCCGCGCGCCCGCCUCAGCCGCCGCCACCUGUGGGACAUACUGCGCCGCCUGCUGCACAACGUCGAGGGGCUGGAGCGCGUCGUGCUCAAGGGGUGCUACGCCGCGGGCACGGCCAUGGAGCGCCGCGAGCCGUGGGACCCGGCCUACUACGUGGGCACGGACGAGAUGACUACUGAAGGCGUUGUGGAGCGCAUGUGGGGCACCGUGAGGGGUUCGGCGGUCAAGGAUGGCAUGAGCGUGGACGAGGGAGACGACGGCAAGGUCGUGCGCUGGGAGCGCGACGGCGAGGGCAACAUUGCACUGGAAGUCGUGUCGUUGACCCAUCUAUCUAAGAAGGUGCGGGGGCCCGGGGCCAUGCACCAUCACGCAGACAGGAAGCUGGAGCUCGCCGUCCGCGAGAAGCCCUCGGACCCCUGGCCCAGCAGCGGCGCCUGCACCUACGAGCAGUACUCCCGCCGGAAGGACCCGCUGUGGUUCGCCUCGUCGUCUCGCAGCCUCAAUCCCAACUUCUACGUAUAA